AUGAGCCAACACGAGUGGAAUCAGGCCCCUGAGGGCUUACGCUGUGCUCCUCCUGUAUGGGUAGCAGAAGAGACAAAGCUCAGCCUUCUGUGGAGCUUACUUAUUCUAGCAGUCUCCAGUGAAGGUUCUCUGGUGCCUGAUAGUGCCGGUCCACUGGCCUUCUUGCAUCAGUGGAAGCUGAAACAUUAUGAUGUUAUUGUAGGUGUUUUGUCAGCUCGACAUAAUCACGAACUGCGCACUGUUAUAAGGAACACUUGGCUCAAGCACCUGAAACAACAUCCUGCACUAAGCCAACGUGUCCUUGUGAAGUUUAUAAUAGGUGCGCAUGGAUGUGCUGUGCCAGUGGAGGAUAGAGAAGACCCCUACUCCUGCAAACUUCUGAACAUCAGUAACCCAGUUUUGAAUCAGGAAAUUGAAGCAUUCAGUCUCCCUGAGGAUGUACCUUCUGUGCUAUCUGAAGACAGAAUUGUCAGUGUGAACUUUCGUGUACUUUACCCCAUUGUCAUUACCCGUCUUGGAGUAUUUUAUGAGGCUGAUGGGGUGGGAUUCCAGAGGAACAUCACUGUAAAACUGUACCAGGCAGAACAUGAGGAAGCUCUCUUCAGUGCUCGCUUUAGUCCACCAAGCUGUGGAGUGCAAGUGAACAGAUUGUGGUACAAGCCCGUAGAACAGUUCAUUUUGCCAGAGAGUUUUGAAGGUACCAUUGUUUGGGAAAGCCAGGAUCUUCAGGGCCUUGUUUCAAGAAACCUUCAUAAAGUCACAGUGAAUGAUGGAGGGGGUGUUUUCAGGGUCAUUACAUUGGGCUUCUCCUGUUGUCUCAGAGGGAAAGGUUGCUUUGCCUGGGAAAAGGACAAGGGCAUGCAAAAAGUUAUGCUACAGGCAGGGGAAGGGUCACUGCCACAUGAACUCACAGAAGGUGUGGAGGGAAUAGCAGGUGGCUUUAUCUACACUAUUCAAGAAGGUGAUGCUCUUUUAAAAAGCCUCGAUACUCGCCCAGAAAGGUUUACAAGCCACAUCAAAAAUCUUGAGAAAGAAGAUGCUUUGUUGAAGGAAGAAAGCAGUACCUAUGAUGAUAUUGUUUUUGUAGAUGUUAUUGACACUUACAGAAAUGUUCCAGCCAAACUGCUGAACUUCUACCGAUGGACAGUUGAAUCAACGAGUUUUGAUUUGUUGCUGAAGACAGAUGAUGACUGUUACAUUGAUUUGGAGGCUGUUUUUAACAGGAUAAUGCAGAAAAAAAUGGACAGGCCAAACAUUUGGUGGGGAAAUUUCAGACUAAAUUGGGCAGUUGAUCGAACUGGGAAAUGGCAAGAGCUGGAGUACCCGAGUCCUGCGUAUCCAGCCUUUGCUUGUGGGUCUGGCUACGUCAUCUCCAAAGACAUUGUUCAGUGGCUGGCAAGCAACUCUGAAAGAUUAAAGACAUACCAGGGUGAAGAUGUGAGUAUGGGCAUCUGGAUGGCAGCUGUCGGACCCAAGCGAUAUCAAGAUAGUCUCUGGUUGUGUGAGAAGACAUGUGAGAGUGGCAUGCUCUCUUCCCCCCAGUACUCCCCACAGGAACUCAGAGCACUCUGGAGAUUAAAGGAACUGUGUGGAGAUCCUUGUAGAUGUGAGGAAAGAUGAUGGACUUGCCUUGCAAAACAGGGUUGUAUAUCAUGAUCAUGGAAAAGUGUACAUUUGGAUUCAUUCUUGGAACAAUAAGGAAUAUUAAGCUAUCUUUUAAUGUUGGGUUUCAACUAAAGUACAACAAUAUUUGCACAUCCCUUUUGAUAAUUACAAGUGGACUGAUAUUAUUCAUUUUCUAUAGUAUAGAUGUUGACCUGACAAAAACCAAAAUGUUUAAGAUAAAAAAUUUCCUUUUUAUAUGAAGUCAAAGACCUACUUGUAAUUAAUAAAUGCACAUAAGAAUGCCAACUAGCCUGUCUUUUGUAAGUUAAAAUACUACUGAUUUAACUCAGUCUAGAGCUGUACCAGGAUCGAGGGGAGAGCUGUGCUCAGCACCAGGGCAUCUGGUAAGUCUUGCUGCAAGCAGGAUUGGUGCUGUCUGAGGGGCUGCCCUCAUCUGUGCAGGGGCUGGAACAGCUGCGGUUAGGAUUUAUGUUUAGUCUUUAUACCAUUGUCAUAUUAGAUAAAAACAGUAUCAAAGUUUGCUUAUACCAAAUCUUGAAGUACUGCAGACUUGGCUUGAUUAGGAGGGAUUUCUGAUAACACAAUGAGCUAUCAGAUACGAAUCUGAGGGUACACAAGUGAAUGUAAAAUAAGACUGAGGAAUGGCACACUGAAGAAUGUAAAAUAACUAGAAAUGCCUUGCAGGAUGCUGAGAACUUAUUUAUACUGUGGUAUGUUAACGCUGUAGGAUAGAAUAAAGGUCUGUCAGAUUUUGAUCUUAAAUAGUCUAGGGCUGUGUAGUUACUUCUGUUUUACUCUUGUUUGCUUUAAGGCCUUUGGAAGUAGGUAAAAACAAAAAGUGCAAGUAGCCUCUUUCAGUGCAGCACUAAUUUUGUCCUGUUAUAAUCAGAGAGAUCACAACUAAAUCAUGUACUCAGUUCAGUAAAACAAAAUCUCACCACAGCAGUGGGAAGGUAGUACAAAAUCUUGGCAAAAUGGUUACCUUGAGUUUUAUUUAAUUGAAGCAUUUGAGCACUGUUUGGUAUCUCUCACGUAAGACAGUUCAGCCAAAAGCAAAUGCUUUCAUGGAGACUAGUAAGUUUAGGAUCUGAAAGUAAUAUUGUAUAGCCCUCUGGUGCCAUGUAUGAAAUUCAUGUUCUCCUGUAGGUGUGUUCAGGUGCGGGCUGUCCGUACUAUCUCUGGGUCAUCUGUAAUUCUUUGGCAGUUCCAGUGGUGGCUUUUCUUUCAGUCUAUCAUGAGAGUCCCUUCUUACCACCGUACUAACACACAGUCUCCAUUUUCUAUUGAGUAAAACUGCAAAGGCUUUAAGUCAUUGUCUAGUUCAACUUCUUUUCCUUCCAGCUAGAAUAAGAAAGGAAAAACACCUGAUCAGACAAACUGAAAUCUGUUCAUAUAAACCAAAUAUAGAGCAGACAGUUAUAGUCAGGGAUGACCUGUCAUACUACAGGAAUGAAAUUAGGUUCUAAAUUACAGCAUGAAGACUGACCUCUGUAAGUGAAAUUAUUUGAUUAGGCAGUAUUUUAGAACAUGCUAUUGACCUGUAGCAGCAUGCAGUAUUUUGUCACUGAAUUACCCAUUUUUAACUCACUUUAGAACUUUCAUAGGACAAUUUCAGUUCUGAACCAGGAAUUUUAAGUAGGCGAUACAGCAAUCCUUUGACCCUCUGAAUAGUCAUAGACUCUGUCAAGGGGAAAGAAAGAAAAGUUAUUAGAAAAAUGCUGCUACUACUGAGCUGUAGCAAAGUACUAGUGUUUCAACUGUACUUGCUUAUAGCGACAGCAAAAGGCUGUAUUGCUGCUUCAGUUCUAACACUGCAAUAAUGUCUUUUGUACCUGAAACCAUAACUGCUAAUGUCAAAUUGAAAAUGGUUUAAUCUCUAGCAGAGAGAACAGGAUAUGCUACUACAGUUUAAGCGCUUUGAUCCCAUAUACCAAACUGAAGUGUUACAGCUUCAUAAUUCAGCUUUUUUGAGUUUGUAUUUAGAUGUUAAACUAAGUGACCUUUGGGACACAUACCAGUCAGGUUCUGAUUACUUGCAUCUGGCAACUGUUCCUUGAAGUUUUCAUUACCAGGAAUUGGCUUUCCCGGCACAGUGUCACUGUGGAGCUAGUGCCAUUCUUAGAAGUGGUAUUUACAUUGGUUAGUCCAAAACAAAUUGCCAGCAGAGUUGUAGAGUGGCUUAUAAUAUAAAGUCAGUUACAUGAAGGGAUAUUUUUUGUAAUGGAUCUUGAAUGAGCAAGUGUAGUUUGUUCUGGAGGUGAUACCUGCGUUUGCAAUAGAUAUACUCAAUAUUUUGGUUGAACUUUCACUUCUUUUGAAGCUUUAUCUAAAGGCACAGCAAUAGUGAGUUAUUCCUGUAAUACCACACAUUGUACUUAUACAAAUAUUUUUCUAUCAAACAUUUUUGUAAAAGCUGUAUCUAUCUGAUUUUAUGCAACUUGUGAUAAUAAAUGUGAUUUUUAUUUUAGAAUAAA